UGUUCCAAAAUUCACUGCCAGCGCUGAAAAGUUAUAGUUUGCGUGACACGAACUAUAUAUUUUCAGUACUGGCAGUGAAUUUUGGAACACUGCCUCUGAUACGUAAAACGAUUUCUCAAAGAGCGCGUCGGCGGCAAACUUGGAAGGUUAGGAACGAGCAUUUGGAAUUCGGUUACACGAGUUUAGCACGAGAUAUUUUAUUUGUUAAUUGCUAUAAUCGAGUACUUUUUCGAUACUUGGAGUGAAAAAUUGACGGAAAAGAAAAUGGAUUUUCUAGAAUAUCCUGACAUUGUCGCUGAAGUUAAAGGUGCUAUGACACCAGGUAAAUUAAAAUUGACCGAUCAGCAUCUGAUCUUUAAGAGUCAAAAAACUGGAAAGGUAGAGCAGAUCUCUGCCUCUGACAUGGAGAUGGUAAAUUAUCAGAAAUUUAUUGGUACUUGGGGCUUACGGAUCUUUCUAAAAAAUGGAACUUUACAUCGCUUCAGAGGCUUCAAAGAAGCCGACCAAGAAAAGAUUGCAAAAUUCUUCUCUGUGAAUUAUAAGAAAGAAACUUUGGAGAAGGAAUUAAGCCUGAAGGGUUGGAACUGGGGUACAGCUAAAUUUACAGGUUCUGUUUUAAGCUUUGAUGUGGGCCAUCAUACUGCUUUUGAGAUACCUCUAUAUGAUGUUUCGCAGUGUAACACUGGGAAGAAUGAAGUGACCUUAGAAUUCCAUCAGAAUGAUGAUGCUCCAGUUAGUUUGAUGGAAAUGAGGUUUCAUAUUCCUGUAAGUGACAGUGCUGAUCAAGAUCCUGUGGAGGCGUUUCAUCAACAGGUGAUGGAGAAGGCUUCUGUGAUCAGCGUAAGCGGCGAUGCGAUUGCCAUAUUCAAGGAAAUUUAUUGUCUAACGCCACGUGGUCGUUACGACAUUAAAAUCUUCCAGACCUUUUUCCAGCUGCACGGAAAGACAUUUGAUUACAAAAUUCCCAUGUCUGCAGUUCUUAGACUUUUUCUGCUGCCACACAAAGAUAAUCGACAAAUGUAUUUCGUCGUAAGCCUGGAUCCUCCUAUAAAGCAAGGUCAAACACGAUAUCAUUACCUGGUGCUGCUGUUUAAGCAAGAGGAAGAAACCUUUAUCGAAUUGCCCUUUACUGAGAAAGAACUGAAAGAGAAAUACGAGGAUAAGUUGACCAAGGAAUUGGCAGGUCCGACAUACGAGGUGCUCGGCAAGGUGAUGAAAGUGAUUAUAAAUCGGAAGCUAACCGGCCCAGGACACUUCACAGGUCACACUGGGACGCCCGCGAUCGGCUGCUCAUUCAAAGCCGCCGCUGGCUAUUUGUAUCCGCUGGAGCGCGGCUUCAUUUACGUGCACAAGCCGCCGAUACAUAUCCGCUUCGAAGAAAUCGCGUCGGUAAAUUUCGCCCGUGGCGGCGGUUCGACCAGAUCAUUCGACUUCGAAAUCGAGCUGACGAGCGGAGUGGUGCAUACGUUCAGCAGCAUCGAGAAGGAGGAAUAUGGUAAACUGUUCGACUUUAUUACGUUGAAGAAGCUGCGCGUGAAGAAUCGCGGCAAGAGCGACAAGCUCAAUUACGACCAAGACUUCGGCGACAGCGACCAAGAGGACGAACCAGACGCUUAUCUGGCGCGUGUGAAAGCGGAGGCGCAGGAACGGGAUGGCGAGGAGAAUCAAGAUUCUGAGGAGGGCUCGACCGACGAGGACUUCAACCCGAACCAAGAUGAGAGCGAUGUCGCUGAGGAAUAUGAUAGCAACCCCAACAGUUCCGACAGCGGCGAAGACUCAGACGCAUCCGCGGCUAGCCAUAAGAAGGAGAAGAAGGAGAAAAAGGAGAAGAAGUCGAAGUCAGCGAAGACUGUGCCAGAGAAGCCGCGUAAGCCACGCAAGUCGAAGAAGGAAAAGGACACAAACAAGCCCAAGAGGCCGCCGACGGCGUUUAUGCUGUGGCUCAACAAUGCCCGCGAGAGCAUCAAGGCGGACAACCCGGGCAUCGCUGUGACGGAGAUCGCGAAGAAGGGCGGCGAGAUGUGGCGAGAGCUGAAGGAUAAGCCCGAGUGGGAGGCGAAAGCGGCUAAAGCCAAAGAGGAAUAUAUGAUGUCGAUGAAGGAGUACGAGGCGAGUGGAGGCAGCAAAUCGAGGGACAAGAAGGAAAAAGUAGAGCUGAAAAAGAAGAAGGAAACGAAGAAGGACUCGCCCAGUAAAUUAAUGAGUGGCUCCUUCUUUAAAAGUAAAGAAUACAUCAGUGACGAUGGUAGUAGUAGUGACGAGAGCAAGAAAUCCGAGAAGAAACGUUCCGACGACGACAGUGCAGACGAGAAGGAGAAGGAGAAGGAGAAGAAGAAGAAGAAGAACGAGAAGCGGCCCGCUGAGGACUCCAGUAAAACGACGAAGAAGAAGCGGGAUCAGUCAGACGACAGCGAGGUGGAAGAACCGAUCGAGAGCACACCACCCUCGUCCGACGUGGACUCCAAAGACAGCGAUUAACUCGAUGUGCGUGCGCUGGAAAAUCCGAGCGAAUGUUUCUUCGCCUGUCGGGCGGCGAACGACAAGCUGCAGCUGCGCGUCACCGUA